AUGGGCUCUAAUCAACCUCAGUUCUUCCCAUUGGAAACGUCAGAGAUCCCUUUGACCAGUGACAAGUACCACGGUUUGUCCUACCCCAGUGAAACAAAAGACUAUCCUUCUGUGGAUUAUCAAUCGUCGGAACAAUUUUCCCGUAAAGCCAAUAACUCUGUGGAAAUUCGGCGAUCAUCCUACCAGGCAGCGAUGUACACAAUCGAUUGCCUUCUGUCUCCCUCUUCUCCUCCUCGGCUCACGAACGAUACAUCAUCUUCUACUUCCCCACCGGAUUGCGUGAGUUACAACCUCCAAUCAGACGUAUCUCAAGGUCGCACCCCAACAUAUGGUGGCAGCGUAGUACCGGAGAGGACCACGAACGGCACCCAGCUUGAGCAACAAUCCCCGAAACUCCAUCCGUCCUUUGAGUUCUGGUUUGCUCUGUUCUACGACAUGUGGAUGCAACGAUGUAAACGCGCUGUAGCGGAAGUAUCCCAUUCGCAACCACAGAAUCAACCGAUUGACUAUCGAUUACCAUCGGCGCAUAGAACAUCCGUAUCACCUCAGACUUCUUUAACCGUAUCCAAUACCGCUUUGACGCGAGACUCCUUUGGGGGACUUAGCAAGAAUGCAGCGCCACCAAUUUCAGUGUUUUCGCCAAACAAGCCGUCUGGCUUCGAAUGUAAGCAAUCGUUGUCUACAAACUUUUCAGAAACCAAUGCUCAUUCUACGGUGGCCCUGGGUUUCGUCGAAAAGCCAUUCAUAAAGUCAUACGAAUCCCCACGCAAAAACCAUGUUCUUACCAUCAACGCCUGCCUUGAUAACGUGGUCCGUACUCAACGUUCAGUGGUGUUUGAAUCUUCGACGCCUGACGCCCUAUCUUCCUCAUCUCAACGCGCAACAACUAUCUUGUGGGCGGCUAAGGCCAAUAAAGCCAACAAAAAUCCGACGCGGAGAGUGACAAACGGCAAUACACUAAACAUAUCCCCAAAUGAAACUCAUCACUCAGUGUUUCCACAUGGACCCUUCCAAAUCUCCCCCAUGGUAACUAACCUCAUACGAUCCACAGACUGGCCGACUGGACACAGUAGUCCAUUUGCUCCUCCGGGCUCCCCAAUGCAGGCCUACUGGGCCGACAAACCCAAUGCACCUAUUAGUACCGACAUCGUUGGCGCAGUGCAUUCCAGCGCAGCUUUUAAUGCAAAGCCAGGUGAACCGAACCGAAGAUCUCGUGGCUAUCGUUCACUUCCUUUUCCGUUGACCAAACGUGACGGUCGAAUGCACUACGAGUGCAACGUGUGUCGCAAAACGUUUGGCCAACUCUCCAACCUGAAAGUGCACCUGCGUACUCACACGGGGGAGCGACCGUUCCGUUGUCAGUUGUGCGACAAAGGAUUCACACAGCUAGCCCACUUGCAAAAACACAAUUUGGUUCACACGGGUGAGAAACCACACCACUGUAGAGUGUGUGAGAAGCGAUUUAGUAGCACAAGCAAUUUGAAAACGCACAUGCGAUUACACAGUGGGGAGAAGCCAUUCACAUGUAAGAUAUGCAACGUGAAUUUUAGUCAAUUCAUUCACUUGAAACUGCAUAGACGCCUGCACGCUACAGAGCGCCCGGUGACAUGUCCCAAAUGUAACUUGAAGUGUGUGGAUGCAGCGAGUUUACAGCAACAUUGGAGACACGAGAAGUGUUACGAUGGAGACGAAUUACCACCGGAGGACCAUACAGUCGCAUUCCCGAGUCAAGUGAACAAGCAUACAGGUACGCUUCCGCAUGCGGCGAGUGGAUUUCAUGAGUAUGACUUGUUCUGUGUUCGAAACAUCAACCACCAGAUACCAAGCAAUGUCUUUGACCCUAGAGGAUGUGUCGGGAUGGAGGAUACAAACAGGAAGAUGGACUUUGCUGUGCGACCGGGAACUGGGAUGACCCAAUUUCUUAACCCUGUGGAUCACGCAUGCAACCGUUUCCGUAAGCCAGUCAGCUCCAACUACAACGGCUACGGUUGUGUCGUAAGCAAUUCUUUAGGCCAAUGCAUACAAUACCGUUAA